GGAUUUACAUGAUCUUAGAUAGUUGUUUUAUCAUAUCCAACAUGAAGCAAAUUUAAAUUUUAAAAGAAACUCCAAAGUUUCUUGACCACCCAUUCUCUGCUCCUGAGUAUUCAAGCGAUAAAAAAUCGGGACAGUCAAGUAUUGAGCGAAAAAAGCGGAUUUCAGAUUUUUUAGCUUUUCGCUUUUUCAGAUCUUUUUUACAAACUUGGGAGACCCUACUUAUUUCUUCACUGAAAAAACUGAAAAAUUUUUUCGUUGAAAUUCUACCCUCCGUAUUGGGGUAUCGUUCUUUUUUAGCGAGCGAAGCGAGCUGGUUAGGUUAAAUUUGCGUACCCGUGUGUCCUACAAAUUUGCGGAAAGUGUUAGAAUGUUCUGAAACGUGCAAAAAUGCAAUAAAAAAAGGUGGUACAGAAGGGAGGGAUUGGUAAAAGUGGGUCGUCGCCUGCAGCUAUCAUUCCAAAAUGUCGGUCGUAAAGAAAAUUUCGAUUCAAGGGAUUCGAAGUUUCAAUCCAAAUGACAACAAGGCGCAAAUGAUUGAUUUCCAAACACCAUUGACCCUCAUUCUUGGAGUAAAUGGAAGUGGAAAAACAACUAUCAUUGAGGCAUUAAAGUAUGCCAUUACCAAUGCUUUCCCCCCUAACAGCAACAAAGGGAGUUCCUUCGUCAAUGAUCCUAAGCUUACCAAUGGAUACGAGACAAUGGGUGCCGUCAAAUUGGAAGUGAUCGAUGGUCGCGGAAAUAGGGUGCAUACUACUCGUCGAGUAAAAGUUGCAGUGAAGGACAAGUCGGGUAACCUUACAAAGAAAGAAUUGGACGCAACCAUUAGGAUUGUGGAUCCAAACGGUGAUGAGAAGGAAAUUAGCAGUAAAUGCGCGGAUGUUAAAACCGAAAUGUGUCGCAUUAUGGGAGUUUCGGAGGCAAUCCUGAACAAUGUCAUCCUUUGCCAUCAAGAAGAUUCGUGUUGGCCCCUCGACGAGGGAAAGAAAGUAAAAGAAAAAUUUGAUGCCAUUUUCAACACCACAAUGUACAUCAAGUGCUUGGACCAGCUAGAAAAGCAAAGCAGGGAACUCGGACAACGUGCCAAGACGGAGAACGAGAAGUUGGUAUAUGUGAUUGAAAACCGAGAACUGGCUCGACAAAAAAAGAGUGACUUGAAAAAAAAGCGGACCGAGUUGAAGACGCUGGCGGAUGACAUUGCUGAGCACGAAAAGGAAUUAAAGGAGAUGGAUGUCAAAUUGAAACAACUUCGAGUGUUGGAAACUGAAUAUAUUGAAAUCUCAAAUCAAGUUUCAGUCACCGAAGGGAAAAUGCAAACUCUUCGGAAACAAGUUGUUGAGAUAAAGGCCAAUAUUAAAGAAGAAAUCAGUGGAGACAUUGCUUCUAUUGAACGGGCUCUCUCCGAGUUUAAUUCUGAGCAAGAGAAUAAAAUCUCGCAACAGAAGCAGCUACAAUAUGAUGUCAGAGGAAAAGAGGAAGAGCUUCGAAAAAUGACUGAUGAACAGAAACACUUGUUGAUUGAGGAGGGAAAAUUUCAGCAAGAAGAAAUUGCCAAUCAGGAGAGGACGGAGGAUAUGAUUUUUCUUAUUUCUGACAUUGUAAAACUCGUCAAAAGAUUCAGAGAAGGUUCUCAAGAUAUGUCGUUUUCUUCUAAUAUGGAUUCAUGCAUUGACAUUUGUGAUGGUGAUCCGUCAACAUUGGCGCCAGACGUUGUGAUAAAAGCACUUGCUUCCGCCGUCCGGGUCCGAGAGUCAGAGAUCACAAAACUGAAGGUAAAAUACGACAAUGAAGAAAGGGAAUUGCAAAAGAAUAUCGAUGAACUCCGAUCGAAAAAGGCGAAAAUUGAGACUGAAAUUGAAAUGAAAAAUAAGCAAACUCGAGACAACACUGCAUCUAUUGACAAUAUUAGACAUCGUCUCAGGGCUAUUGAAGGUUCAAAUUCUUCUUUAGAGACAUUGGAGUAUGAGGAGGCCAAGGUCGCACGAGAAAUAAGCUCGAUUGAAGAUUCCGGUACUUUAGAUAAGUAUGAGUCAGACAUUGCCAAUUUGUCCAAGGAAAUUGACGAACUCGACAAGCAGAUCACAGAUGCACAAGAUGAUUUUGAUGUCUUGAAUAAGGACAAAGGUGUGAUGGAUCAGAUUGAAAUUUACAACAACCAGAAGAUUCAAAAAAAGAACGAAUGUAACAAAAUCAUGGGACGAAUGGAAAAUGAUUUGAUGGUUUUGCUUGGCGAAAUUCCAGAGGAAGAUUUAGAAGACGCAUUUGAUAAGAAAAAAGAGUCUGUGAUUAAAGAGUUAUAUGCAAAGAAAAAUGAGCAGAGAGCAGACGAAAAGAAGGCUACGGUUCUGCAAAUGGAUUUGAAACGAGCCAAGAAUGACCUUGAUAAGAAGGAAAAACAGCUUGAAGGUUACAAGGAAAAAAUUGCUGAUCUAUUAGAAGAUGGAGACUAUGACGAAGUGUAUACGGAAGUGAAAAAGGAUUUAGAGACAUCUCAAAAAGAUAAUUACUACGCUGAGGCAGGCAUUUAUUUGUACAAGAAAUAUAUUCAAAAGUUAAAUAGAAGUGAUUGCUGUCCACUUUGCAAGCGUGAUAUUGACACGAAACGCGAAACCCAGGAGUUGAUCAAGCAGAUUCAAUCAGAUGUACAAAAAAUGCAGCUAAAUGAUCCGUCAGAGAAAGCAAAGAUUGCAAAGCUACAGGCGAAACAGAAUGAUUUGCUUGAACUGAAGCCAAUUUGGGAUGAUAGCAAGAAAUUGGAAGAUGAAAUUCCAACUUUACAAGAUAAAGUCUCAACCUUGCAAACUCAAAUCGAUGAGCUAUCAGAAUCAAUGGAGGAUUUCAAUCUGUUAUUCGCCGAACUAGAAAAUGCAAAGUCAAUAUGCGAUAACCGUAGUAAAGAUGUACAUUCAUAUGAAAGUGCCAAAAAUGAGAUCAGGCAACGCGAAACGAGUAUAGGAAAACUGGAAUCCUCUAGAACCACCAAAGCAAAACAGUUAUCGGAAACCAUGAAUGUAUCUAGUUUAAAGACUCGACUGCAGGAUUUAAAAAACUCGCUUAAAACAAAGCAGUUGGAAAAAAAUGGCAAAGCAAAUCUCCUUGAUAAAACUCGAACGGAACUAAACAAGUUGAAUGUCAAAAAGAAUGAUGCUAGACAAAAGAUAUUGAAAAUAACAUCUGAACUACAAAAUCGUGAAGGGUUAGAAAAUCAAAAGAAGGAACUCGAAGCUACUAACAAGCAAAUUCAAGAAACCAAUUCAUCAUUGAAAUUAGAAGUACCUAAAGUUAAGUCGGAAAUUACGGAGGCUGAAAAAGUUAAAUCAAACUUUGUCGACAACAAAGAGAAGCAUCUUCAAACUGCACGAUCUGAGAGGGACAGUUUGGAAAAACACAAACUGAAAUUAGCUGAAAUUACCCGACAAAUUGAAGACUUUGAACGAAAAAAAGUACUAUUUGUGGAUGUUCAGAAACGAGCUGCAGAGUGCAAGCGUAAAGUUGAUGAAUUGGAUUCGCAGAAGGGCGACCUUGUAAAAGAUUUGGAGUCUGUGACCAACGCGAUUCUAAGCCAAGAGUCCAAGAAGAGGAAUCUUGAGGACAAUUUGAGUUACAAGCUGAAAUUAAAGGAUAUGACCAAACUAAAACUGGAAUUGGAUAACAAGAAGAAACUGUUGGCAUCCACGGAAAAUCAAGGAGUGGUUACAGAGAGUCGAAAAAUGGCUCAAAAGUCUAGCGAGAAGUUUGGACAAAUGAAUCGACUCAUAGGAAGCAAAAGAGAAAUUGAAAUUGCCAUCAAAGACUUGACCAGAGAGUUGAAUAACCGUCCAUAUGUUAAUGCAGAAAAAGAAUAUAUUGAAAAAUAUGUGAGGAAAACAGUAUAUGAGAAAGCUCAAAAGGACAUCCGGCGAUACAAGACGGCACUAGACCAAGCCAUCAUGAUGUUCCAUAAACAGCGGAUGGAGAUGAUUAAUAAAAGCUUGUGGGAGUAUUGGCGAAAAAUCUACAAGGGAAACGACAUUGACUAUAUCCAAAUUCGCACAGAUUCUGCAAGUAGUAAACCAGCAGCAGGUGGGCCUGGGCAGAAAGUUAAAAUUGACACUGGAAAAGGCAGGAAAACAUACAACUACAGGGUUGUAAUGGUUCGACGAGGAGCGGAGUUGGAUAUGCGAGGUCGCUGCAGUGCAGGACAGCGAGUAUUGGCUUGCAUAAUUAUACGGAUCGCCCUAGCAGAUUCUUUUAGUUCUCGUUGUGGCAUCAUUACAUUGGAUGAACCCACCACUAAUUUAGAUCAGAAAAACAUAAAUUCUUUGGCUGAUGCCUUAUCAAGUUUGGCAGAGAGGAUGUCAGCGCACAGAAAUUUUCAACUGAUUGUCAUUACUCACGACCAAGAGUUCACUGAUCGACUGUCGGCGAUUGAUGCUGUUGAAAAGUACUGGAAAGUUAGCCGUGAUCAGAUGGGCUUCUCUCAAAUUACGAUGGUGCCAAAACGGGGCUAAAAUAUUCACACGGAGCCUAGUUAAUCCUAAACAGAAAACAUUAUUAUUAUCCUUAUUGUAAUUUUCCACUUGUCAGUAUUUUAUUCCCUUAUAUUUUAUGCACGCGUUUUGUUUAAAAAAAAUAAAUGUAAGGAUUUUCAUAUUCCUUGUUUCAUGUU